CAGAAAAACACCACAUCGCGAAGCAAGCUAGGAACGCGAAGCACCAUGUCUCCAUGGAUCUGCUGAUAGAGAAAAGACGGGUCGACUUUCGAGUCAGGCAAACAUGACCAAUGCAACUCGUACUGGACGGAAGUCACAUGUUUGUGACGAAUGUGGACAGGUCUUGUCCCGCCAGGAUCACCUUGAGCGUCAUCGGCUCACCGCCCAUACGCAACGUGACGGUGCUCAGGACUGCGCGUGUACAGAGUGCGGGCGGAAAUUCUCCAGGAGAGACGUCCUCCUCCGGCAUUAUCGUAUUCUCCAUGGCAUGCAGUGCCAGCCUCGGCCGAAAGGCCGUCCGCGAAAAGUAGCAGAGGCCAAGGAGAAAGUGACCGCCCCUGGACUUCAAGCUCAACAACAGGAGUCUGGACCACGUCGUAUACAUGAUGGCAACGUUAGCGAUAUUGAGGGAGCACAACAUGCCGACAACACAGUCAAUGCCAGCGAUAUCAAGAGAGCACACCAUGCUCACAAUACCGUUAAUGCCAACAUCAGUGCGGCCAUUGACCCGUCAACACAAGGUGACCCUAAUUGCUCAGAGCCUUUUCCCUCCCCUCGGACGCAAGUCGAAAAUAACAUGAUGUCCUCGACAGCAUUUGCUGAGUCGAACAACGCUUCGAUGCCGACAAACAGUACGCUUCUUGAACCUGAUUCCUCACCCGCAUUCGCGCCGACUCCCGCCUUGAUGGACAGUGGUCUCUUCUCAUUUGAUGCGUGGCCGGAACUUGCAGCCAAUGUCUCCUUGCUCGGAUGGAUGAAUGAAGAAGCCCAGACCUACAGCUCCUUCGACAUGCCAGAUAUCCACAUGGGCAACUUUUGCAUACAAGGGCUCAACGAUCAGUCCAGGUUGCCAUCUGCUCAAGACAGCACAAGUACGUGCUUCACUGGCGUGCCUCCGUUACAAACGGGGCCAACAGCAACAGAAUCCCACGGUGCCUGCAAUCCUCUUCCAGCGACACAAAGGGUCCAGCUGUCAUCGCCUUCAACAAGGUCCCAAAGCAGUGAGACUUCGCCUCUCCAAGAGAUAGCGGACUCUGUGCCCAUCGAAAAAGGCUCAGAGUCGAAUCCAUGGCCCUUCGAAUGGCACGCGUCAAAAGACGAUCAAAAGAUUACGCUCCCUGAGCUGUGUACGACAGGAUCCCCGUGGAGGAGAAAUGACCUGGGUGCGGCAAACUCCAGGACGGUACAAGGAGCCUCCCAGCUAUCUGGUGCCAGCGACGUGCUCGACGAGCGGAAACGUUCAAGCAUUGUCCAGUUGCUUAGUCUUCCAUUAUCCCGUAUACCUUGGCAAGAUGAUGUGAGCAUGUUGAGGACCUUGCCAGGCUCAGACAUCCUGCAUCAUUUAGUUGACCUAUACUUUUUACAUUUUCACGAGCUUUGGCCGAUCAUCCACCAACCCACAUUUGAAGUCUCGAAAGCCCCAACCAUUCAAGUACUUUCAAUGGCAUGCAUCGGGGCAUGCUACUCCGGGCUCGAAAAUUCCCUUGACUUUGCGGAUUCUUUAGCAGAAUUAUGUCGACGAACGUCUACUUGGAUGGCCGAGCAUGAUCCUCGCUUUCUCCGAUCCCCCUCUUACGGUAUCUCUCUCCUUCUCCAGCACAUCCAUGCCAUUGGUUCAGGGUCACGACGGCUGUUCGAGAUGACAGACUCCUCACGUUCUCGUCUUGUUAAUAUUGGACGUCAUAUGAACCAUUUCUGUACUAAUUUGCAUGCCCCUCGGUCCGAUCUGCCCUCCCGCACACUGGACAUCUAUGAAAGGUGGCUGGAAUGGGUCAGGAAGGAGCAAGUGUGCAGAUUAAUCUGGUUUAUAUUCGAAUUCGACUGCUUCUAUACAGCUUUUUCGAAGCAGGCCCCAUGCAUCAAGUUUGAAGAGCUUCCGCCGGACCUUCCUGCCGAGCAAGUACACUGGGAAGCACCGACGGCCUUUGCCUGGGCAUCUUGUCCGUAUCAAACAGCUCCGCGCAGUCUACCAACAACACAAACUCUUCACGGUAUGCUCGGCAAAGGAACAGACAUAGCCCUGUCUUUGAAGUCGGUUGAUCACUUGGGUAAGCGCUUGUUGACUCGUUGCCUGGGUCGAUGCCUGGAGUCCAUCCAAGAGCAAACGGAGUCAAGUGUAUACCACGUUCUAUGGGAAGACAAUGCUGGCCGCGCCGUCACUAGUGCCAAUAGGUCCUGGAUAUCAAGAUCGAUCAUGUCGGUAUACGAGAGCAGCUGGGACGACAAUUCACAGGGCUCGAAUCUACGAGUUUCUUUACGAAUAGCCAUUGCAGCCCACUACAGCCAUAUGUUCGCGGCAGGAAAGCUCACUGGUCUCAUUACCCGCGUGGCGCGCAAGAGGGCUGGUGAAAACGACAGCCUCCGGACCGGCAAUCUACUCAAUCCAUCCUCAGGUCUGGGGAAUUGUGGUAAAGCCACACCCCACGACGACUCAUUCAUCAAAGCAGCUUUCAAUGAAGAUCCGAAAGCUGUCAGAGAGAUGAUGUGGCAUGCAUCUCAAGUAUUUUACCUACAGCGCCGGCACCCUUUCAAUUCGCCACACGAGCCGCUAUCAGUGUUUCUUGCUGGAAUUUCAUUGUGGGCGUUCCUAAAGUACUUCAAUCCGGAGACAAAUGACGAUCAAAGCAGCACACGGGUGCAACUUGACGAACCCCCCUUCUGCAGUCGACCCGAGGCUCGAGAAGCUAUAAGAAAUUGGAUUGAGAGUGGUGGUAGAACCUAUCUCGAGGGUGUUGGAGACGUGCGCUCCCCGGACGCUCCACGACGGAUUCUCUCCUUGUGCAUUGACAUGACGAAGCGGCUGAAAGUCUGGAGAAUGGCUUCGAAGGUCUCGGACAUUUUCAUCCGCUUGCUACAACGUGAAGACCAAGAAUUCAACGACACGUUUGGCCUCGUUUAGAGGGAAGAGUCACCUUAUCACGCUAAUAUGAAUGCUUUCAACCUGGGUUCGCCAGGACCCUAGUCACAACGACCUCUUGAAUGCUGGGUUCAACAACAUUCGGGCCUUUGAAAGCAAGUAAUCUUGCGAACGCAAGACUGAACCCCGGGGCACUGGGUGACACUCAUUCAAGAGGUGGCCAGGCUUGCAUCAUACCAGAGGCGGCGCCGGUGACAAUUCCACUCAGUCCAAUCACAGGGGACGACAUCUUGCUUCCCGCAGAUCGAGAAGAUGAUUCAAGGUUUCCUGGCGAUGUGGAGGAAUCACUGAGUCCGCUACUCAUGCAAACAGGAACUCCGCUUGAUGGGAAAGACGGGGAGCACGGUAGGAGAUUUCGCAGAACCUCUCAUGUUCCACAUCAAUCAUGGGUGAGCAGAGCUGGGCUGCUCAAAACCUUCGACGAGGUCGGCAUCUUCCAACGCAUACGCAUCCAUCCAUGUUGAGGGCAUCGAUCUGGGUGCAAGUGUCGACUGAUCCCAGUUGGUACCGUCUGCGGAAUGAACCGAGAAAUAAGUGCCGGAUGACGCCCUAGCCUUAUUCUUGUCAAGCAUGAGCAGCGCUGCUUGCCAGGCUCUUGUAGCUUCCGCUGCUGCUGCUGCUGUUGUUGUUGUUGCUGAAGGCCAGAGACCUCCUGAAUUCUGUAGUGACACAGGUCGUCUGCUAAACCUGCGCUAUGUCCUGGACUAGCUCGUCACUGCAGAGAUCCCGACCGGGCGUUUGCAUGUAGGACAGAAACCUCGACAGGUGGUGAGCCAUUUCUCAAUGCAGUCGGCAUGAAACAGAUGGCAACAUUGCAAUUGGCGAAUCUGGGCGUCAUCUUCCACGGAAUCGUGACAAAUGACGCAGAGAGGGUAGCCCUCACAACCACCUCCCUCAUCCUUUUCAAAGUAUGGAGGCUUGGUGGGGAUCGAAUCCAUGCCCGCCACUGAGAUCGGCGCGCAGAGGAUUGCCGACUUCUCGGUAGGAACGAGAACCGCUGCCGGACAUGAGCAGUCCGCGUGGCUGGGUUGUAUACUCGAGGAUUCUUCUUGGUGAGCCGAAAGCCUUUCGUCGACGGAAGUGUUCUCUGAUCGUGGAAGUGUUUUCCACAUUCCAAACGUGAGGGGUGGUGCAACCUUGUCCAGCUCUUUGAUACGAAUCCUCCCUGUCUUGACUCUGCGCUCUACAUGAGCUUGCUGAACACGUCCAAUAAGGUCGCCUGGUCGUGUUUGGGUGCACUCUUCCUGAUUCCUCGGAGGACUCCUGAUCUGGCGUCGCCUCUUGUUGUAGAAGAUCCGGCUAGUCUUCAGUCAGCAUCAGCACGACAAUGGUGCGGCUCGAGGAUCACCGCCAUACAUGACAUUCAAGACGAAGAAGAUCAGGACCACGGCAACUAAGAACCAGAUGGCUGGACUAAGGCCGCCGUCAUCGGCAGGUUUCUGGUCAAGACUUGCGUUCCCAGUCGCAGUUGGCGCCAUACGUG